AAAACAGGGUUUUCCAUUGCUGACACAAACAUUGAAAAGCAUGCCCCAUUAUUAGUCUAGGGAAGGAUCUUCCAAAUUCAUUGGAGAAUCUAUUCGCUGUUCAUUAUGCAGUUUCCUUUGUAACACAGAGUUUUUAGAGGGAGGGAGGGGGAGAGAGAGAGAGAGAGAGAGAGAGAGAGAGAGAGAGAGAGAGAGACCAAAUUGCACUUUUCACUUGGUGAUUAUACUAAAGGCUGUCAAAGCUGCGAUUCUGAGAAAAACAAUGCUCCCACAAUCCCUUUGGUCAAUCUUCUGUUGGGUUUCUUGCGUUUCCCCAAUUCAUUCACACAGAUAGUGAUGGGUAAUGCUAGCGGUGGAAAUGAUGGAGAAGGUCCUUCUGGGACUAAAAAGUUAGAAGGAAAUUAUGGAGGGGUGUAUUUAGAAACGUCACCAUCAGAUCAUGGUGUGUUUUCAGAACCCAUGGAAGCUCACCCUCCUCCUAACAGUCCUAGGUCAUACCAGUCAAAUCUCUUAUUUGCUCCUCAUCAUGACCUUAGAGUACCUCUUCAAAGACAUGAAGGGCUAAUCCAAUCCCUUCAACACUCAAUGAGCAAUCAUGUUAUAUCGAAUAAUAUGCAUUCGAGUCGGGUAAAGCUCUCUUGGGAUAAUGGUGGCAAGCAAGUUGCUGUCACCGGAUCAUGGGACAACUGGGAAACUAGAGAGCUCUUGCAGCGCACAGGUAAUGGCGGUUUCUAUAUCAUAAAGUUGCUGCCGCCCGGUGAAUACCGGUACCUAUUUAUAGUAGAUGGCUAUUUGAGGUGUGCCCCUGACUUGCCAUGGAUCUGUGAUGGUUCAGGGAAUGCUUACAAUGUUUUGGAUUUGCAGAAAUGUGAUUCAGAAUUGCCUGAAAGCCUAUGGGAUUUCGAAUCUCCAUCAUCCCCUCCUUCGAGCUACGACAACAAGUACUUAAAUGAAGAUGAUUUUAGUAAGCCGCCACCGGAAACGCCACCUCAACUGCAAGCUUCAAUUCUUAAUGAACCAUCGUACUCCAAUGAUGCUCAACCUCAACCUUUGACACAAUCUCAACGCUCAGAGUUGAACCAUUUGUACAUUCAGGACCAUAUCGAAGGUCAGUUCGUAGCACUUGGCUCCACUCGUAGGUUUCGCCAAAAAUAUGUAACAAUGGUGUUGUACAAGCCGAUUAGAAGAACAAAUUAAACUUGGUUUUCCUCAUCUUUAUUGUGGGAGCCAAAGCUGAUAAUGAUAUUUAAGAAGGUUGGUUGUGGAUUUAAAGCUAAAAAAUAAAAAUAAAAAAUAAAAAAAAAGCUGUUAUUUGUAAGUAGUAGUAGGACUUUUUGGCUAUAUAAGCAGUAAUGCAACCCUUAUUCAUAAGAUCUGCAACAC